AUGAUCGCAGACCCAGAAGCACGCGCACUCGUCAUUGAUACCACCACCCGCUCCAGCUCCAGCUCAACCUGCGACACGCCCGCAGAGCUUGACGCCGAUUCCGAGCGCGAGCCAUGCGAAUGGGCAACGGAAGAAGAAUGGGAAUGGGAAUGCGAAGAAACAACAGGCGAGUCCAAGCGCGACACACUCGAAUUCGACCUCGUCAGUCCCUCCUUCUCCCCAUCCCCUUCUUCAUCCCUAUCCGCGGCGCCCUCAACACUAUGCGCAGUGCUCACAUCCGCUUCAUGGCUUGACCGAGAUCCGGACGCGGACCCAGACCCUGAACACGCGCUCGCGCUAGCACUCGUACUCGUGGUGCUGAUGGACGGCACUGUGUUCUCCGUAGAAGUCGCUGCGAGCACAGUCCACUACGAGUUUCCAACCACAUUCAGAAGCUUUCCCUUCGCGAAGUACAGCUCCAAUGAUAUUUCGUCGCGAUUUACUUGA